AUGGCAUAUGAUGCAGAGUCCUCUGUGGUCAAGUUCGAGAAUCAGGACUUCAGGUCCUUACAGUAUCGUUGCCUGAGAAGGGGUGAGCUGUUUGUAGAUGACACAUUCCCUGCUGCGGAUUCUUCCAUAGGCGAGAAGCUGAUCAAGGAAAAGGACCUUUCGAAUUUGGAGUGGAAACGACCAACUUCAAAGGAUUUAGGCUUCUACCCGCCUCACUUCAUUCUGGAAGGUGCAAGCAGAUUUGACAUCCAACAAGGAAAAGCAGGAGACUGCUGGUUCCUGGCAGCACUGGGCUCCCUGACCCAGAACCCGAAGUGUCUGCAGAAGAUCCUGAUGGACCAAAGCUAUACGUAUGAGUAUGCUGGGAUUUUCCAGUUCCGGUUCUGGCAGUGUGACCGUUGGGUGGAAGUAGUGAUAGAUGACCAAUUGCCCACCCAAAACAAUCAGUUAGUCUUUGUGCACCCUCGAAAAAACAACAACGAAUUUUGGCCCUGCCUGAUGGAGAAAGCCUAUGCCAAGUUGCUUGGCUCCUAUUCCCAAUUACACUAUGGCUUCCUUCUGGAUGGCCUGGUGGACCUCACAGGAGGAGUGGUCACCGUCAUCGAGCCCUAUACCUCUUCUCCAUCCAACCUACUGAUGACAGUGAAGACCGCACUCCAAGCAGGCUCAAUGAUUACCUGUGCCACCCGAAGUGGGAUUCAGUACCAGGGGGACUGGGAAGAAAUCAUCCGCCUUUGGAACCCCUGGGGCGAGAGAGAAUGGCGAGGACGCUGGAAAGAUGGGUCCAAGGAGUGGAGAGAAACCCAAGACCCACGGAAAAGCCAGCUGUAUGAGGAAAAGGAAGAUGGCGAGUUUUGGAUGUCCUGUCAAGAUUUCCUGAAGAACUUCACCUACCUGUACAUAUGUAGCCAGAACCCCAUCACCAUGAAUCAUGGAGUCACAUCCAAUGAGAGCUGGGAACAAAUGAGGUUUACGGACAAAGUGAUCCCAAGAAACAGAGCAGGAGAACAUGGGAGAGAUUUGUAUUAUCCCUUUACUGUCCAAGAGGGCACUACUGGGAAUAAUGUUGUUGUGACCUUCACACUCAUGCCACAAAGCCUGGAUACAGAAGAGGAGCGACGUCCACUAGAGUUCCGGGUGUGGGAGGUAGACUCCCAGUUCCAGAACGCCCAGCGAAGAUGGUCUCCUGAAAUUUUCUCCCCGUUUAGAAGUGGGGCCCAAGGCCCAGACUAUGGAUCCAAGCGUUACCUGAUAAAGUCCUACCACCUGAGUCCUGGUACCUAUGUGGUGGUUCCCACAGCAUACGGAAAUGAAGUGAAAUUUCUGCUCCAAAUAUUCCUCAAAAUGCCAGACAAGGAAAGGGAUCCGAGCAGCAUUUUCAACCUCAGAGCCCUCAAGGGAAGUCUUCCAGAAAGUGGAUACCAAAAGAGCAGUUCCUACAGACAUAUGGAUCAGGGGUUGAACAUUGAUGCCACCCAACUUCAGAGCCUUCUCAAUCAGGAGUUCCUAACAGGGCCUCCAGGGGACACUUUCUCCUUGGACCAGUGCCAGAGCAUCAUGGCCCUGAUGGAUCUGAAAGUGAAUGGGCUGCUGGAUCAGGAGGAGUUUGCAAGACUCCGGCGUCGCCUUAUCCACUGCCAGCACGUUUUCCAGAACGUCCAGAGACGCCCUGGAGUUCUCCUCAGCUCAGACUUACGGAAGGUCAUAGAGAAUACAGACUUCCUUUCAGGAGUCUUCGUCAGCAGCAAGCUGCUGAGUCUCAUGGAACUCAGGUACAAGGAUAGCUCUGGCCACGUCAGCUUCCCCAGUCUUGUCUGCUUCCUGAUACGGCUGGAAACCAUGGCAAAGGCAUUUCGCAACCUGUCCCAGGAUGGCAAAGGCAUCUACCUGACAGAAGCAGAGUGGAUGAACCUGGUCAUGUACAACUGAUGGGAGAAGUCCAGCAGAAGUCCUCUGGACAAGGACAUGCACCUGGUGGUCACUCGAGGAAACGGCUGUCCCCAUGGAGCUGUGCCAACCCCUACAGUCUGCAGCUAAACCUGGUAUUGGAAACGGAGUCAAAGGUGCCUGCGAAGAGCCUGGGCUGAGGUCCUAGCGGAGGCAGGCUCAGAUCAACCCAAGGUCACCCAGAGCACUUUCUGACAUCAGCGAGCACAUGCAGGAAAACAAAACAGGAAAUGUCUACUUCUACUUCCGUGAUAAAGCAGGAAGGAGCCGACAUUCCAUCCCCUUCCCACACUCUCCCUGGAUCCAUUUCUUGGAAAAACCAGUCUGAUCCAGUUUAUGCACCCCCCAGGUGGUGUUGCAGACACAGGAAUGGUCUACUCAGCGACAUUUGCCAAAUAACCACAUU